GCGGCCGUUCGCACUCUCGGCUAUGGCGGAGGCCUCGGUUGGGAGGCAGAGUCCACGGGUGGUGUCUUUCCCUGCGCGUAACUUAUGCCCUGGGAGACCGAGCCUUCAUACCACUGCAGUGGUGUCCAUGGGCUCAGCUGACCACCGGUUCAACCUGGCUGAGAUCCUGUCCCAGAACUACGGAGUGCGGGAAGACACCGAGGAGGAAGAGCGUGAGCACGGAAAAGCCAAGCCGCUGGAGGACUUGGAGAAGAGCUUCAAUGCUUCCCAGAACAGUGACAUGCCGUUUGAGGAACUGCUCGCCCUCUACGGCUACGAGGCCUCGGACCCCGUCUCGGAGCAGGACAGCGAGAGUAACCAUGUCGCACCCAACCUUCCUGACAUGACCUUGGAUAAGGAGCAAAUAGCAAAGGAUUUGCUGUCGGGAGAAGAGGAAGAGGAGACUCAGUCUUCCGCCGAUGAUCUGACUCCUUCGGUCACAUCCCAUGAUGCCUCAGAUCUUUUCCCCAACCAACCUGGUUCCAACUUCCUCGCUGACGAAGACAAGGGCCCCAGUUCUUCCCCCUGCGCUUCCUUCUCUGCCGAAGACUCCGAAGAGGACUCCAUUGCCCCCAACGACUGUAAGAAGGAAAUUAUGGUCGGGCCGCAGUACCAGGCCGCCGUCCCCCUCCUCCACUUGAACAGGCACGGCGGAAAAGUCUACGAAAAUGAUGACCAGUUGCUCUGGGACCCAAACAUCCUCCCUGAGAGAGAGGUGGAAGAGUUCCUCUACCGUGCCAUCAAGAGGAGGUGGGACGAGGUCUCCAACCCCAGCCUUUCAGAGGGAGAGGUGGUGAAGGAUAACGAACAAGCCCUGUACGAGCUGGUGAAGUGCAAUUUCAACGCUGAAGAGGCGCUGCGGCGACUCCGGUUCAACGUGAAGGUCAUUCGAGACGAACUCUGUGCCUGGAGUGAGGAAGAAUGCAGAAACUUUGAGCACGGGUUUCGGGUCCACGGGAAAAACUUCCAUCUUAUUCAAGCCAACAAGGUCCGCACCCGGUCGGUGGGCGAGUGCGUGGAGUACUAUUACAUGUGGAAGAAGUCGGAGCGCUACGAUUACUUCGCCCAGCAGACGCGGUUCGGGAGGAAGAAAGAUUACGGGGAUAAUUUUUUAGAUGGUGGCGAAGUCGAAAGCGGUGGCCGCUCCCGUGGUUCCCCACCCCUCCCUUCGGCUACAGCGUGCCUGGAUUCUCACUUCAACCCAGAUCACCUGGCGAUGGAGAGUGCAGAGCCCCUGAGCAUCGAGAGCGCCGCCUGCAGCUUGGGCAGCACGAGUGAGUCGGGCCACGGCUAUGAGUGCAGCACCCCCUCAGAAACAAACUGUUCCUUCGACCCCGCGGAGGAGACCCCUGUGGGCGGCGGUGGUGGCGCGCCCACUUUCCUGCGGCCCCCGCCCAACCCCUCAGAAGCCGGGUUCUACCAGCUGGCGGCCGCGGCCAAACAGGAGCCCAUGCCGUGCACCGGGGAGGCCAUCGCCGUGGACUUCACCCUCCCGGGGAGCGUUUCGGAGGGGCUGCCUUUAAUCUCGGGCCGUGCGGGACUGGACCGGGGCCCGGAGACAUUGGCGGCCCCUGCUCAAGUGUCCUUAUCGGUCCCCGACUUCAGCCUUCUGGGCAUUGGAGAUGUAAAUAGCUUCCUGGCCACCCCGCAGGCCUGCCCGGCGCCAGUGACUCGCACGGAAUCCUUGUCGCAGUGA